AAAUUAUUGUUCGGUACCUACCUAUUGGGUAUUUAGAUUUUUAGCUUCGACAAUAAUAGUAAUUAUUGGAGUAAAUAUUACAUCAAUAAAUAUUCUGAUUUUAUAUUAAAUUCUCUUUACUCUUUGUGUAUAGGUAUUCGGAUUUCAGAUAUUAACUGCUGCCUGCAAUAUCCAUAUUGUUGUUAAAUCAUAAAUGUAUUUAUUUUGAUAAGAUAAAUGAUAAAACGGAAUGAAAAUUAGCAUAAUGAUAAAAUAAUGCAUUCGUAUAAAAGCAAUAUACAUUGAGAUACAUUCUCAUAAAUGACAGAAAUAAUAUAAAUAGGAAUGGAACAUUUUGGUUUAUCCCACAUACUUUACGAGCCAGAUAAAUAUAGGCCAGAUACUUUGGACCUGCUUAUAGAUGAGGAAGCACGCGAUUACUGGCUUCAUACUUGUGAAAAACUUGUGGACAAAUAUGUUAAUUUUGCUCUCAGCAAUAAUGAUGACCCUACAGUUGAAAUCAGAGCACUUAAGUUUAAAACCUGUUAUGUAGAAGCUAUAAAGGAGCUUAGAGUGAAUCCACUUGCUCAUGGGCAGUUAACAAUAAGAUUAUUACUUGACAUAAAUGAGACAUGCCUUCGUGCUCAGGGUUUCUUUGAUCUAUGGAAGCAGAGGAAGAAAUAUGAAAACGAUUCUGCACUUGCACAACUUUCAUCAAGACUAGCCGAAGUAGAUGCUUUGCAAGAUGAAAGACAAAAGUGGACUGAACUUUCUAAAGGUGUCCUGGCAGGUAACAUGUUCGAUUGGGGCGCCCAGGCUGCGACAAGUAUUUUAAAUUGUGGGCUUCAUGAAGCCUUAGAAACAAUCCAACAAAGGCCUUGGUUAUAUGAUGGCUUGGACAAGUGGAUAGAAAAAUUAGAGACGACCGUUCACCAUUGCGCAGCAGUUUUUGUCGAUAACAGCGGGGUUGACAUAGUCCUAGGAAUAUUACCAUUUGUCAGAGCUCUAUUGCUACGAGGCACAGCUGUAAUAUUGUGUGCCAACGAGUGGCCAGCGCUCAAUGAUAUUACCAAUGUAGAAUUAGAAGAGGUCUUGCAACACGCAGGCCAUAUAUGUCCUGUUAUAGCUGCAGCGAUUGCGACAGGAGAUUUAGUAGUAAGAUCAAAUGGACAAAGAGGACCGUGUCUCGAUUUGAGAACUAUUAGUGUAGAUCUUAGGACAGAAAUGAAGAUAAGGGGUGUCGAUUUAAUCAUAUUGGAAGGAAUGGGCAGGGCUUUACAUACAAACUUUAAUGCCCAACUCGCUGUCGAUUCGCUAAAAUUGGCAGUUGUGAAGAAUGUGUGGUUAGCCAAGCGUCUCGGUGGACCAUUAUUCUCUGUGUUAUUCAUGUUUAACGAUAAACCUAUGCCAGCAUAGAAAAUUAUAUACUUUACGUGAUGUACAACAGUUUUUUGAAUACUUGUGAACCAAACCUACGUAAUAAUAAUUGUCUCAAUACAGGAAAACUUACAAAUUAUAUUGAUAACGUCUUUUCCUCAUAUUGUGUUCUGAAGUUUUUCGAAUAUAUUGAGUGUUACACAUUAACAA